AUGGGAUCGAAAGGCGUAAUUGUCGUGUAUGGCAUGACAGUGUCACCAGCUACUCAACGUGUAUUAGCUACGCUCAUCGAAAAAGGUCUCGACUAUGAAUUGAAAGUAGUUGAUUUGAUGAGUGGUGAGCAUUUGGCUCCUGAGUAUUUGCAAAAACAGCCAUUCGGUACUAUUCCUACACUUAUCGAUGCAGAUGGCUUCAAAAUUUACGAAUCACGAGCUAUAUGUCGUUAUUUGGAAACAAAAUAUAAAGGACAUGGCACGGAACUGGUUCCAAAAGAUAACAAAGCUCUAGGUCUAUUCGAACAAGGUGUCGCGAUUGAAUCAUCGAAUUUUGAUUCAUUAGCUAAUCAAAUCGCCAGCGAAAAAAUCUUCAAAAGAAUGCGCGGCGGCGAACCCGAUAUGGCCAAAGUAACACAACUUCGACGAGAUUUGAGUGAGAAUUUGGAUGUUUACGAAAAAAUUUUAUCCAAACAGCCAUAUAUAGGUGGACAGACAUUUACACUUGCCGAUUUAUUUCAUUUACCGUGUGGUGUAUUGCUUGUUAAAGCUGGCGAAAGUGAUCUAUUUGAAUCUCGUCCACAUGUUAAACAAUGGUGGAACAAAAUUUCCAGUCGACCUGCAUGGAAAUCAGUUGCGGCCAUGAUUUAA